CUGCACUUGAACAAGGAAUCAUAUUACUGCAAGAACUUUUCUGAAACAAAGAAGAAACAUUGAACAAAUGGGGAAUUAUAAAUCUAGACCAACCCAAACUUGCACUGAUGAAUGGAAGAAGAAAGUUAGUGAAUCAUAUGCUAUAAUCAUAGAGAGAUUAGAAGAUGACUUGAAGAUCAAAGAGAAGGAGCUAACAGAACUGAAGCAUGUCUUUAGCUCUGAUGAAGCCUUCAGCAAAGUCAAUUUAAAUUAUCGCACGGAAAAUGGGUUGUCUCUUCUUCAUUUAUGUUGUAUUUGUGGGGGUAACAAAUCACAUAUCCGAACUCUUAUGCUAAAAGGGUUGCGCCCAUCCAGGUUAACAAGAAAUGGAUUUACAGCUCUACAUUUGGCAGCUUACAAGGACAAUGCAGAACUUUUAACAGCACUGAUGCAUGGUGGAGCUGAUAUUCAGCAAGUUGGAUAUGGAGCACUUACUGCCCUUCAUAUUGCUACAAUAGCUGGUCAUCAUGAGGCUGUUGAUAUUCUCUUGCAGCAUGGAGCUUAUGUCAAUGUUCAAGAUGCAGUUUUCUUCACCCCAUUACACAUUGCAGCAUACUAUGGACAUGAACAGGUAACACGCCUCUUGCUGAAGUUUGGUGCUGAUGUGAAUGCAACUGGGGAAGUUGGAGACAGGCCACUCCAUUUAGCUUCUGCCAAAGGGUUUCUUAAUAUUACAAAUCUCUUGAUGGAAGAGGGAAGCAAGGCAGAUGUAAAUGCACAGGACAAUGAAGAUCAUGUACCUCUUCACUUCUGCUGUCGAUUUGGACACCAUGAAAUAGUCAAGUUCCUGCUCCAAAGCAAUUUUGAAGUUCAGCCCCAUGUAGUUAAUAUUUAUGGGGAUACACCAUUACAUCUUGCUUGUUACAAUGGAAAAUUUGAAGUUGUCAAGGAAAUAAUUCAUCUGUCAGGAACAGAAAGCCUGACUAAGGAAAAUAUAUUCAGUGAAACAGCUUUUCACAGUGCUUGUACCUAUGGUAAGAACAUAGAACUUGUAAAAUUUCUUCUCGAUCAGAAUGUUAUAAGUAUCAAUCAUCAAGGAAGAGAUGGGCAUACAGGAUUGCACUGUGCUUGCUACCACGGUCACAUUCGUCUAGUACAGUUUUUACUGGAUAAUGGAGCUGAUAUGAAUCUGGUAGCCUGUGAUCCUAGCAGGUCUAGUGGAGAAAAAGAUGAGCAAACCUGUUUGAUGUGGGCUUAUGAGAAAGGACAUGAUGCCAUUGUGACCCUUUUGAAGCAUUAUAAAAGACCCCAGGAUGAGUCACCUUGUAAUGAAUACUCCCAGCCUGGAGGAGAUGGUUCCUACGUUUCUGUUCCAUCCCCUCUAGGGAAGAUUAAAAGCAUGACUAAAGAAAAGGCAGAUGUUCUUCUCCUCCGUGCAGGUUUACCAUCCCAUUUCCAUCUUCAGCUCUCUGAAAUAGAGUUCCAUGAGAUUAUUGGCUCAGGGUCGUUUGGAAAAGUCUAUAAAGGGCGAUGCAGAAAUAAAAUAGUAGCAAUCAAACGCUACCGAGCCAAUACCUACUGUUCCAAAUCGGAUGUAGACAUGUUUUGCCGUGAAGUUUCUAUUCUCUGCCGACUAAAUCAUCCUUGUGUCAUCCAGUUCGUUGGUGCUUGCUUAGAUGACCCAAGUCAAUUUGCUAUAGUUACACAAUAUAUUUCUGGAGGAUCACUUUUUUCCCUACUACACGAACAGAAGAGGAAUCUUGACUUGCAGUCUAAAUUAAUCAUUGCUGUAGAUGUUGCCAAAGGUAUGGAGUAUCUUCAUAAUCUUACACAACCAAUCAUACAUCGUGACUUGAACAGUCACAAUAUUCUUCUCUAUGAGGAUGGUCAUGCUGUUGUUGCUGACUUUGGAGAAUCAAGAUUUUUGCAGUCCUUGGAUGAAGACAAUAUGACAAAACAGCCUGGGAACCUACGCUGGAUGGCCCCUGAGGUAUUCACUCAGUGUACAAGAUAUACGAUAAAAGCUGAUGUUUUCAGUUAUGCUUUGUGUCUCUGGGAAUUGCUAACAGGUGAAAUACCAUUUGCACACCUUAAACCAGCUGCUGCUGCAGCAGAUAUGGCCUACCAUCACAUCAGACCUCCAAUAGGGUAUUCAAUUCCCAAGCCCAUAUCAUCAUUGUUAAUGAGGGGCUGGAAUGCAUGUCCUGAGGGAAGACCAGAAUUUUCUGAAGUAGUCACCAAGCUAGAAGAAUGUCUUUGCAAUAUCGAGCUGAUGUCUCCAGCCUCCAGCAACAGCAGUGGCUCUCUCUCUCCUUCCUCUUCUUCGGACUGCCUUGUGGCACGAGGUGGCCCUGGCCGCAGUCAUGUUGCAGCUUUACGUAGCCGCUUUGAGUUGGAAUAUGCCUUGAAUGCAAGAGCUUAUGCUGUUUGGUCACAAAGUGCUGGGCAACACCCCUCUCAGGGCCUGUCACUGGAUGACAUGAGGAGGAAUUUCCAGUACCCACCGAUUGACAAAAAUGCCACUGUAACUAUGGUUUGGCUCACAGGACUUCUCUGUUGUCCCAGGCCUUCCUCUGACAUGAAAACAGCUUGCCCAGACCAGAAACACAACUCCAACUAUCAAUACAGGAAACAACAAAGACAAGUUACUUAUAUUUAAAUUCCUGGCCUGUGGGUGCACCAAAAAUAACCUGUAGUAAUAAAUUACUGUAAGGUCUUUGGAUUUUAUUCCAUGAUCCAGUUAAAACUAAGUGGUAGUUCAGGCAGCAUCUGAAGCCUUAGAGGAGGGAGGACAUCACACAGCACUUGUUAGCAAUCCCUACUAGUCAACACAUGCAAAUAAGCACAUGGACUCUGCAAAAUGCUGUGUGUAGCCUGAAAUACUUGCACAGAAACAAACCUGCAAAUCUUGUAAGGUAAAGCUUCUAAAAAGACCUACCAUUUUAUAUAGGUAUAAAAGUAUUGCUGACUAUAAAAGUAUUGUUUGGGCAUGCAAGGAUGAAAGCAGGAAGUCCAAAGCCCAGUUGGAGUUGCAGCUAGCAAGGGAAGUGAAGGGUAACAAGAAAGGUUUCUACAAGUGUCAGCAACAAGAGGAAGAUCAAGGAAAGUGUGGGUCCCUUACUGAAUGGGGAAGGCAACUGAGUGACAGAUGAUGUGGAAAAGCCUGAAGUAUUUAAUGCCUUCUUUACCUCGGUCUUCACAGGCAAGAUCAGCCACUACCGCCCCUGGCAGAACAGUUUGGGGACAAGGUGAGCAGUCAAGUGUUGAAAGACUUGGUUGAAGACUGUGUAGAAAACCUGGACAUGUACAAGUCCCUGGGACCAGAUGUAAUGUACCUGAGGGUGCUAAGUUGGCUGAUGUGAUUACAAAGCAGCUAGCCAUUAUCUCUGAAAACUCAUGAUGAUCAGGAGAGGUCCUGGACAAUUGGAAAAGAG